AUGACUGCAUCAGACAAUACACAAGAAUUGAAAAAUUCCGAAAAUCUUGGACUUCUUACCGCAAACGUCUUAGAAGCAGAGUUUUUAACAGAUGAAAACGAUUCGAAUGAAGCUACUGAAUCAAGUCUCGAAACAUUCAGCGAGGCUAUUAACCGUGGGAAUCUGGAAAUACUUGAAGCGGCUUUUGUUUCAGAAAUAUUGAUAAAUGAAAGUGCAACAUCGCCUCAAUCAUCUCCAAUAGAAGCUCCUUCACAAGUCGCUGGUGCUUUAGCAUCAGUUGAAAGAGAUCUCUCUAAUGUCUGUAAUCAUGCUACGAAUUUUGCUGAAAAUGCGAACGGUGAACAUCUUUCAACAGGGGUGCAGCCUUCUACAUCAACCAGUCAACCACAAAGUCAAUUAUCUAUCACGACUGAUGGUACUGGGUCAGCAGCAUUCAAGCGAAAAAAACAUAUUAUGAUAAGCUAUAAUCGUGAGUCGUCAUACGAUAUUUGUCGCAGAAUCUGUGAUGAACUUAGACGUCGCGGAUUUGAGGUAUGGAUAGACGAGGAUAACUUACACGAAAGUAUUCUUCUUCAAGCAUUGGCCAACGCUGUCGAAAACUCUUACGUCGUUCUUCUUUGUUUCAAUUCGGCAUAUGCUGCAAGCGAAUAUUGUAGAAAAGAAGCGUGUUAUGCUAUUGAAAAGCGUAUCCCUUACAUACCGUGCCGUAUGGAAGCAGGAUUUGAUCCUACCGGUUGGCUUGGAAUAACGAUUACUGAUCAUGUGUAUUGUGAUUUUUCUUCCCCAAAUGAUUUCAAUAAAGCUUUGGAGAAACUGAUACGUCAAAUCAAGAAUUUCGAGGCACAAUUGCAGUCAGAUUCUGGAUCCAAUAAUAGUAUAUUGAGCAGCGUGGAAACACCCUCUUCGGUAUCGAGCACUUUGGUCGAGAAUCAAAACUUUCAGGUGGCUCUCCAAACAAUUGUUCGUGAAUUCAAACGAAGAGUUGAUCAAACCUAUAAUGAUUCAGAGCCGAUUACGGACGCGGAGGUUCCUGAGUUGGUUCGCUUUGUGCGUGAACAAAUUCUCCAUAAUAAUCCUUCAUCAUCUACGAUUGAUAAUAGUAGUUCUCAAGAGCAACGAAUAAAUGAUCAACUAACGUUGCGAGAGUUGCUCCAUCAUCCGCGAAAUCAAACAGAACUCUUAAAAAAGAUUGUGGAGAUUCUUUCAACUAUGACUGAACCAAGAACAAUUAUCAAAUUAUCCUUAGCCUUCAUGUUUAUUUGGACUAUAAGGGGAUAUUUUAAACAUCGAUAA